AUGUCGCUGGGGGACCGCGCAGCGGCUGCGGCCACGCAGGACGAAGAGGAUUGGGCCGCUCGAGGCGACCACGCGGCUGUGAUAGCUGCGCACGAAGCGCAGGAAGCUGUGGAUACGAUCGCGUCCGCCAGUGGCCGAGCGACUGCCUCUGUAGACGCAGUAGACGAACGUACUCGGGCCGCUGACUUUGCGGUUCUGGGGGAUACGUGCCCCAUCUGUCUGCAGACGCUGGAGGACCCCGUGAUGGUCAAGGUCUGCUACCAUGUCUACUGCUUCGAUUGUCUGAGCACGUGGGUGCAUAGUAUGGCUCUGCAUGGUGUGGAGUCGGCCACCUGUCCGAUGUGCAAAGCUUCGUUCCAAGAGGUGUACGCCAACGUGCGCAGCGAGUCGGACUAUCAGGUCAUCGGCUUUCGAGGGAAGCAUAUGCGGGGCGAUAGGUACAGGAGUGGAAGAAGAGACCAGAGAGGCGGUACUUGCCAGCGCAUACGUCGUCGGUCGCUCGUGUAUCGACGUCACAUGCGACUUGUUCGAGUGGCUGGGGAGGAGGUUGCAGACACGCACGCGUUCCCGACAAUGCGCAAGGUGCAGGGCGAGUACGAAUCGUGGCUUACAAGCGAGCUGAAGGCAUGCAUUGGACGCGAUGUGGAUCUGACGGUGCUGCUGGCUCUUAUCCGCUGCUGUCUCAAUAAGGUCGUACAGUGUGGAGCCAAGGCAUGUUACGACGAGUUGCAACAAGCGCUGCUGCCGUUUUUGUACGAGGACGCCACACAUUUCGUCCAAGAGCUCGCGUACUUCUUGGCCUCUAGGUUGAAUGUCGAGGCGUACGAUGCGGCAGUCGAAUACCGAUGUGAAAACGCUGCCGAGUGUACAAAUGAGCUGUGCUGUGGCAGGUGA